AUGCCUCCGAGGGCGAGUAAGAGCAAGUCGCAACCUGUUGAUGGAGUAGCUGACAAGGCGGCAAAGAGGGCCAAGAGGCAGCCAGCAACUGCAGACUCUGCGGCGGCGGAUCCGGUCGGGACGGCCUGCGCUCGUGCGGUCAAGCGCUUCAACCUGCUGGCCGUGCCGCAUCGCGAUCAGGACGAGGCGGCAUGGGAGAGCUACAUCAAGGCGCGCGAGCAGGCGGUGCAGGACGCGGGGUGCGACGGCGAGUAUGGGGAGGACGACGACGACGAGCAGCAGCUGAUCACGCGCCCCCGGGUGCACGACGCCGCGCGCACGGCGCUGGAGGACUGCCAGCGGCUGAGUGACGAGGACUGCCGGCUGCUGCUGCGCACGACGGUCAUCACCACGGCCGAGGUCUAUCAUGUACAGGGAGACGAGGUCCGCGGGCUGGAAGUUCAGGCGCGCGUGUUUGCGGUGGACGGCCCAAAUGUGGUCGACACCCGGCACGACUACCACCACCGCACAAGGCGCGUUUCGCGGGGUGUUACGGCAAAGCACUUUGCAGAGAUCAAGAUUUCAGUGGGCCGCCCAGCCGGGCCGCAGCCGGCCGACAAGAGCCGCGACUGGCUCAGGGCGUGGCGCGUCACCAUGGCCAAUACGCGGCAUUACCGCGAGGUGCGGACGUUCGGUCUGAGGGCGUCCCACAUCCAGCAGAUCCGGCGCGCCCUGUUCACGGGGCCGGCGGGCGAGAAGAUCAGCAGGAAGCUCUCCGACUACGAGCUCAUGACCUGGCUGCUGGCAGCCGCGGGGUACUCAUCAGGCUACAGCCCCUACUGCUUCGAUGUCCGUCACGCCUGUGACGGCUGGGACGGCGUCAACCUGCGGCGCGUGUGCGGCGCGGCGACGGCGGAGGACACGGACUGGGAGGAGGAUGCGUUGGAGGCCAGCGAUGACAGCGACGAGGACGAGGCCAGCGAUUACAGUGACGAGUAUGAAGAAAGUGACGAGGACGAUGACGAGGACGGCUCUGAGGACGGGGGUCCCUCAGAGGACCCUUACACGCCGCGCUGGCACUGGUGCUGA